GUAGCACGCGUACAGCACAGUGCUGCACUGCAUGCGUGGGAGACGAGAGCUGCUUGACUGUGUCAGGUCAGAGUUUGUUUGCUAGUUUGUGUGUGAGGUGGAUCAUAGCGCAUUGCCGUUCCUCUUGGUAGUUGUAGUCUAUUGACCUAUGGCUAAGCCCCGCCCUCAAACGCAAUGAGCCAAUCACAGUGCGUAUAGCCAUUCCCACACACUUGGACAUUCUCUGCCUGGACAUCCAUUGAAAUGCAUUACAGAAAGUCAGUUUCGUUCGGUUUUAUGAGCUUUUUCUGAGAUUUGAAGUUUAGAAAUGGUCAAAUGGUGUGCAUGGGAUACAUGCAACUCCGACACAAGAUAUCCUGAGAGGCUGGGCGACGGGGUGUAUUUUUUACCCUUUCCUAAACCACGUCUCAACCGAGAAAAGUGUCUCCUUUGGAUAAAGUUGCGCGGUAACUUAGACCACAACAUCAACUCAACUUGAAUAAGAUUAAUAAGGAUGUCUACAUCUGUUCUAAGGUAAGUCAACAUCAUGUUUGAGGCAACAUAUUGUCACUUUGCUGGAAAGAAAUAUAAAGUUAUUUUUAACAUCUCUAGCUAACGUUAGCUAAAGUUAGCCUAACGUUAGCUCCUAGCUGCGUUGUUCAUCAAGUCACCUUGUUUACUGGGAGUUUAUUAGCCUAUUUUGUUCUAGUUUUUGUACUUUGGUGAUCGUACAUCAUUGUUAGCUGUUGUCCAAAGGGCUCUAGUUAAGCUAACGUUAACUUCUGGGGCUGGUUGCACCAACUGGUCUUAAGCCUUGUCUUAAGCUAAGUCGGUCGUAACUUGGCGUUCUAAGUCCGACCUUAUAGUUACGCCGGUUGCACCAACGGCGCUUAAGCCUUCUUCUCACUAAGACCAGGCGUAAAUCUUACGCCUAGUCAAGAGCAGGCGUAAGGUCAGAUUCUAAGCCGUUUCUAUGGUAAAACAGCUUCAUUUCACCAUGGCACGUCUUAUACAUACCUUUACAACGAGCGGGCUUUCAGACGGGAGAGAGUUAUUAGGGACAGGAGCAAUCCAUUGGAGAUCUACAGUGAUGAGGAGCUGAUUGAGAGGUUUCGUUUCUGUAGGAGAGAUCUGUUGGAACUGAUUGAAGAGCUGUCACUGGACUUGGAGUAUGUGUCGGAUCACAAUGCAGCGCUCUCACCCACUUUGCAGCUACUUAUUGCACUUCGGUUUUAUGCAAACGGUGCAUUUCAAAACACAGUUGGAGACAUGAUCCGCAUCCACAAAUCCACUGCCUGUCAGGCCAUCCACAGGGUGUCACUGGCACUGAGCCACCGUCUCGCCCGGUACGCCCACCUCCCCACUGAAGCAGAGGUGGCGGUGAUGAAGCAGCAGUUCCACCAGGCCUCCGGCAUUCCUGGCAUUGUGGGCUGCAUCGAUGGGACUCAUGUCCGGAUCCAGGCACCAUCUGAGCACGAGUAUCUGUAUGUCAACCGCAAGGGAUACCAUUCAAUCAAUGUACAGGUUGCUUGUGACGCCCGUUAUUACAUCUUUAAUUUGGUGGCAAGAUGGCCUGGAUCCACCCAUGACGCACGCAUCCUGCGGGAGAGUGCAUUGUAUCAGGAGUUUGAGGCUGGAAGGGUGACGGGGCUGCUGUUGGGUGACAGUGGCUACCCACUGAAAUGCUGGCUGAUGACACCAAUGGUCGCACCGAGGACUCAGCAAGAGCGCCGGUAUAACACCAUCCACGCUGCCACUAGAUCAGUUGUUGAGCGAUGCAUUGGAGUCCUCAAGCGCAGGUUUCACUGACUUCACGGGGAGAUACGCAUGCAACCAGAGAGAGUCUGCACUGUGGUCGCAGCAUGCACGGUCCUCCAUAACAUCUGCAUCACCAAGAGGAUCCUCCUCCCCAGGCAACACCAUCAGCCAGUGCAGGAGGAAGAAGAGCAUCCUGCAGUCCCUGUAGUGCGGGAUGACAUCAGUGGACGUCUAGUCCGUGCACACUUAAUUAACACCUUAUAAGUUCUCACAGAUCUCUCUUAUUGUUUAAAAAAAAUCUUAAUCAGCUUCUUGUCAAACUAUUAACGAUAUAUUGUUUCAGUUCAAAAUAAUUCCUGGCUGCCUGCUCAUUGUAAAGAAAACAAAUGAAUGAGAAUGGAGAGCAAUGUUUGUAAAUACAUGUUUUAUUAUUAUUAUUAUUCACAAAUGUAUGUAAAAAUAUCAUUAGUAUACAGCAAUGUUAGUAAAUAAAUGUGUUAUUAUUAGUAGUA